AUGAAGAUAUUUUUAAUUGAUAGAGCAAGUAUUGAGAAUGUGAAUGUUGUGCAAUCGGAAGUCGAAUUAGAACCACUGUCUAAUGUGGUUAAUGAGUUUAGCCCAAAUGAGAUUGUGCGUGAUCUGGGUCGUAGGAAACAAAUUAAUGAGUAUGCUUCGGAUAUUCAAGAUCAUGUGAGGAGGGUAUAUAUGAAGGGUCUAAUGCAACCAGAUUUGUCAAGCUUUCCUCGUACUCCAUUUGGAAGUGUUAAAAGAGCUUUUAGUAAAUCAAGGUAUAAGAAUUACACAUGGUUAGAAUACAAUGAGAUCAAGGAUGCAGCUUAUUGUUUUUAUUGCUUUCUCUUUAAGCAACCUGGGAGGGCCGAACACUUUGGUUUUGAAGUCUUCACUAAAAUCGGAUAUUGA